ACCUAAGGCCACCACAACACAAUGGUCUCGCUCCCGCCAGCUCAUCCGUCCCAUAUUUGUGCAUGACCGUAUCGUCGACACAGAAAUCUUUGAGAAGCAUGUUCAGAAACUCAUCCUGCUCCUCGGUGGCAGCGACUCACCCAGUAGCACAAGGGCACAGAUAGUCCAGAUAACCCGGCAACAAGGUUUGCCGAGGCGUUUAGAUAUAUGCAAUAACGCCAAGCGGAGUACUUCCGAUUCGGCCCACUCACCCGACGAACUCAAUAAGAAGAUCUCAAAGCAUAAGACCUUCCUCGAUGCUCUCGCUAUUUACCCGCGACCCUCGCGUCCCCCGCGAUCAACUUAUCGCCGUCCUCCUCGUAACCUAGAAGUCGUCUCUAAGCUACGUAAUAAGAUCCAUGAUAGGCUCGGCGUCGACGCUAACGCCUA